AUGUUUAGCGAUAACGCUACUAACUUCGCAGGUGCUAGUUCCGAGCUGCACGAGCUUUACCUUUUACUAAGACAGCAGCAUACAAUCGAUGCAAUUGAAGAUUUUCGUAUGCCACGGGAAAUUCGCUGGCAUUUUAUACCGCCACGUUCACCCCAUGUAGGAGGCCUCUGGGAGGCCGGAGUUAAAUCAACGAAAUAUUUUAUCAGACGUACUGCGGGAGAAACGAAACUAACGGAAGAAGAAUGGCAUACGCUCUUGGUGCAAAUUGAGGGCAUGCUAAACUCUCGGCCUUUGAUUGCACAAACAGCUGAUCCGACCGACUUCAAGAUCAUCACGCCUGCUCAUUUAUUGACUGGACGUGCUAUAAACGCCAUUCCAGAACCGUCAUACGAUGCGAUCAAACCUGGCACACUUUCAAGAUGGCAACAUAUCCAGAAAAUGCGUUCGGAUUUUUGGAAGCGUUGGUCCGUAGACUAUCUUUCGCAACUGCAACAACGACAGAAAUGGAACAAGCAACAUACCAAUGUACGUGUAGGUGAUUUAGUGCUAAUGAAGGAGGACAACAUCCCACCACUCCAAUGGAAGAUGGGGAGAGUUACCGAGCUACAUCCAGGCCAGGAUGCCUACACACGCGUCGUCUCUGUAAAAACUGCAACUGGAGUAUUCCAGCGUUCUAUAGUCAAACUAGCGGUUCUUCCCAUUGAUGACAGCGACAGGUACAGAGGAUGUGACUAA